AUGAUGUCCAAAGAAUUUGCUCGCACCGUAAUUGGUAUUUUGGGAAACAUCAUUUCGCUCGUCUUGUUUUUGUCCCCAGUACAAACAUUUCACACUAUAUGGAAGAGAAAAUCAGUUGAACAGUACUCUCCAGUCCCCUAUAUGGCCACAUUGGCUAAUUGUGGCCUUUGGGCACUAUAUGGAAUGCCUAUGGUACACCCUCAUAGCACCUUAGUCGUGACCAUCAACGGGUUAGGGCUUUUCAUCGAGAUCGUAUUUUUGUCACUAUUUUUCGUAUUUUCUGACUUGAAAAAACGGCUGAGAGUGAUGAUAGUCGUGGUGGCCGUUUGCGUUUGCCUAGCGGUUUUGGCCUUGCUCGUCCUAAUUUUGGCCCCAACCACCCAACUCCGAUCGACAGUUGUUGGUAGCAUUGCCAUGGCGGCCAACAUUUUGAUGUAUGCUUCGCCCUUAUCGGUUAUGAAAUUGGUGAUCACCACAAGAAGUGUGGAGUAUAUGCCAUUUUUGCUUUCCCUUUUUACACUCCUCAAUGCAAUUUGCUGGACUUCUUAUGCUCUUAUCAAAUUCGAUCUCUUCCUCAUGAUCCCUAAUGCAAUGGGAGCUUUUUUCGGCGUGGCCCAAUUAAUACUAUAUGCUGUAUUCUACAAAUCGACCAAGCAAAUCAUGGCCUCAAAAAAGGCCCAAACACAAGUGAGCUUGACAGAAAUCAGGACAGAAAGCAAAUAG